CGACAGCUCUCACAACACAUCCGAGGGAGGAGCCGCGCACUGGCGUUGUGAGUCGGUGGGCCUCUUCUUCCUUGUUCUUCGCCAUGAACGCGGAGAACUUCCAAAUCAGCGAGAGGCUCGUGAACGCGGCCUAUGUGCGGCAGGGGUCACAGGGACGCCGCGCCCACGAGCUCCGUUUCCGGGCCUUGCUGGAACAGGGCAAAUGUCCUGAAUAUGGAUGGGAUGAAAGCACUAUUGAACUUUUUCUUCAUGAACUUGCAAUUAUGGAUAGCAAUAAUUUUCUGGGCAACUGUGGUGUGGGUGAGAGGGAAGGAAGAGUGGCAUCAGGACUAGUAGCCCGCCGGCAUUACAGGUUGAUCCAUGGAAUUGGAAGGUCUGGCGAUAUUUCUGCUGUCCAGCCAAAAGCUGCAGGCUCUAGUCUCUUGAACAAACUUACUAAUUCAGUUGUAUUAGAUAUUAUAAAGCUUGCCGGUGUCAGGACAGCAAGUAGCUGCUUUGUGGUUCCCAUGGCAACUGGCAUGAGUCUUACAUUAUGUUUCCUAACGCUGCGGCACAAGAGACCAAAGGCAAAAUACAUUAUCUGGCCCCGUAUAGACCAGAAAUCCUGUUUCAAGUCAAUGAUCACUGCAGGUUUUGAGCCUGUGGUGAUAGAAAAUGUGUUAGAAGGUGAUGAGCUGCGUACAGACUUGAAUGCAGUGGAAGCUAAAAUCCAGGAUCUUGGGGCUGAUAAUAUUCUCUGUGUUCAUUCUACUACAUCAUGUUUUGCUCCAAGGGUACCUGACAGAUUGGAAGAAUUGGCUGAGAUUUGUGCGAGAUAUGGCAUCCCCCACAUUGUCAACAAUGCAUAUGGCAUUCAGUCUUCCAAAUGUAUGCACCUCAUCCAGCAGGGAGCACAAAGAGGUAGAAUUGAUGCUUUUGUGCAGAGUUUGGACAAAAAUUUUAUGGUUCCAGUAGGUGGUGCUAUCAUUGCUGGCUUCAGUGACUCCUUCAUACAAGAGAUCAGCAAAACGUACCCAGGAAGAGCAUCAGCCUCUCCUUCAUUAGAUGUUCUCAUUACGCUGCUGACCUUGGGCACAAAGGGGUAUCAACAGCUGCUAAAAGAAAGAAAGGAAAUGUUUUCCUAUCUUUCGAGUGAAGUGAAAAAAUUAGCAGAAGCGUACAAUGAGAGACUGCUGGAUACACCUCACAAUCCUAUCUCCUUAGCUAUGUCACUCAAACAGCUAGAUGAACAAAGUGGUACAGCUGUCACACAGCUUGGAUCUAUGCUUUUUACCAGACAAGUUUCUGGAGCAAGGGUCGUUCCCCUUGGGUCUCUGCAAACAGUGAGUGGCUAUACUUUCAAAGGCUUCAUGGCCCAUACAAACAGCUACCACUGUGUGUACCUCAAUGCUGCUUCAGCCAUUGGAAUGGCAAAAGAAGAUGUGGAUAUGUUCUUGAAAAGACUUGACAAUUGUUUGAAGACUCUAAGAAGAGGAAAGAAUGAUGAAAAAGAUUCCCCGAUAGUGAAUGAAGAAGUGGUUUCUGGUAUAGAAAAAUGCAAUAUAGCUGACGGAGAUGACAAAAAUUAAACUAUGGAAGAUCACUUCCAGUUUAUAAAGUGCAAAGUUUAUAUCAGGUCAUAUUGUGCAAUCUGCAGUGCAGUUAAUGAAAAAAAAUAACCAAAAUGUCACUUGGGUGCUCUUCCAUGGGAAGUGUUGCAGCUUUGCUGUGCUAUGGUUUUUUAAUUAUUAGUUCAUUCUAAACAGUUCAUGCAGUUUUGUGUCUGUCAACGCUACCAAAGUUGUAACUUAAAAAUUAUAGUAUCUUAAGUAUUCCCUAUAAAGUCCAAAUGUGUGUGAUUUAAUCUCCAACUUCAGGGCUGCAUUAAUUUUAUGAUCAUGCUGCGCUCAUAUGGGUAACAGGUCACACAAACCAGCCCCCCAUAUGAAACAGCGCUCACAAAGUCCCAGUUUUCAGGGGCUACCACACUGCUGAAAUAACACAUGAACUGGGGCUUAAGUGUUCUGUUCAUCUCCAUGGACAUGGACAAUUUCUUAUUACAAAGAAUCUCCAUUAAGAACAUUUGAAACAACCAGCUAUAAGAUAAAUUUGAAGUUACAUCUUAUCUCCGCCCCUGACGAAGGCGAAACCUGAAGUGGCCGAAACGCGUUGGGCUCAUUUUCUUUUAAUAAAACACUUUGGACUACUUUCAUAA